CAGUCGAUCCCGGAGAAGAUGAUAUUCUCUGUAUUGAUUUGACUAUGGCUCUGUCGAGAGGACUGAGAUGCUGUCAGAGAAUAUUUUCUUGGAUACCGGUUGUCAUUAUCUCAGCCGUGGUCCUGUGGUCUUAUUACGCUUACGUAUUUGAGCUUUGUUUCUUUACUCUCCAGAAUUCAUUGGAAAAGGCUGCUUACCUUUUGGUCUUCCACGUAUGCUUUGUGAUGUUCUGUUGGACCUACUGGAAGGCCAUCUUCACUCCGGCCGCCUCGCCGGACAAGAAGUUCCACCUCUCCUACAGGGAUAAAGAGCGGUAUGAGAUGGAGGAGAGGCCGGAUGUUCAGAAGCAGAUUUUGAUUGACAUAGCUAACAAGCUCCCCAUCUUCACACGAGCUCAGUCAGGAGCUAUCAGGUUCUGCGAUUACUGUCAACUAUUAAAGCCAGACCGCUGUCACCACUGUUCAGUCUGUGAAACAUGUGUCCUAAAAAUGGAUCAUCACUGUCCAUGGGUAAACAACUGUGUCGGAUUCUCAAACUACAAGUUCUUCCUCCUCUUCCUGUCUUACUCCAUGCUCUACUGUGUUUUCAUUGCAUCAACUGUGUUCCAGUAUUUCUUCAAGUUCUGGGUGGGUGAGCUUCCAAACGGCCAUGCUAAGUUCCAUGUCCUUUUCCUUUUGUUUGUGGCCGUCAUGUUCUUUGUGAGCCUCAUGUUCCUCUUCGGCUACCAUUGCUGGUUGGUGGCUAAGAACAGAUCCACACUGGAGGCUUUCUCGGCUCCUGUAUUUCAAAACGGUCCUGACAAAAACGGCUUUAAUGUCGGUUUCCGCAAAAACCUUCUGCAGGUCUUUGGGGAAGACAAGAAGCUCUGGUUUUUCCCAGUCUUCACCAGCCUAGGUGAUGGCCACUAUUUCCCUCUGCGGACACUGAGCGAAUGUCGAAACCCCUUACUGGCCAAUGAGAGGAGGUGGUGCGAAGAUGGAUCAGAUGAGGAGAGCACAGAUGGGGAAGUAGGGAACGACUCCUCAGUCAGACUGAAUAUUGAAUAGUAUUUGGUUGAGCUACACUUCUUGAGCAGCACUUUUAGCUGCUUCAGGCCUGCACUGUACAAGCAACUAAACACCAAAUCUUGCAUAAAAAGACAGCAUUCCAGCCAUCGGAAGAUUCCAGAAAAGCAUCUCCGCAGAGAGUAAAAUUGUUGGAGGAAGUGGCUUUGUCCUGUUUUUUUUUUCUUUGUUUCUUUUUGUUUUACCUGGUAUGUUCUGGAUUGUCAUCAUCGUGAGCGCCUCCAUUCUCUUAAAGACUCUCUAAGGACAAUCAAAGAAUGUUUCUAGGGGCUUGGAUUUGCUUUGUCCCCCGUGUGUAAGAUAACAAAGAGUUUAAUGAUCUUGGAUCUCAUAUUCUUUUAUAUUUCAGCUUACGGAUUCUCCCAAAAGUGUUGGCGGCGUUAUCGGUGGCAGCUGGCAUCAGUGCACUGACAAAUAGCUGGAGGAAAGAACAUAUUUGACAUUAUUUUUUCCCUGUGGUCACUUUAUCCAAGUUUUACUAAUUGUCCUGCAAGUGUGAUGUCUCUUCAGGCCUUAAAUAUUCAUCAAAGACUAAAAAAUCACUGUGGUUCAGUGAAUAGUACUUUUUAUUUAAAUAUUUAAACUGUUCUUUUUUAUGAUGUAUUAUAAAUGUGUUUUUUCCAUUAUGUGUAUUUCUUUAAACGCAACUUAAUGCAGCCAAUGUAUGGUGCGUAAACAUGGUGUGAAACAAAUUAGAAGCACUGUUCCGACUCCAGAUAUUUUGCUUCAAUUAAAAUAGGAUUCUACCUGAUAUGGCUUAUGAGACUUAUCAGGGGAAUCAAUGAAUCUGCCGGGAGCAGAAAAAAGUGCAGCACUGCAGACGAAUGCAGAACUAGUUACAAAUGUGUGGUUGCUGCAGUUGACUUGUGCUUCUCGUCAUUCCUUUGAAUAAACCCAAAUAAUUUUGUACUGUAUUCUAAAGUCAUGAGUGCCACUGUAACUUAGGUAACUCUGACUAUGUCUGAGUAUAUCAGUUUCCAGUCAUUGUCUUAAUAUUAUGGAAAUGUGUAUUAUUUUCACACACUCCAUGUCAUAAUGGUUACCCGUAUUGAUGUCAUAUGAUCCUUUCUUAGAAGUCAUUAUUUUGAUGUAAUGUUCCUUGUAACCUUCCUCUUUUUGAAACCUUAAUUUAUCCUUAUGAACAUAUAGGCCAGAAGUCUGGACUCACAGGCAGUUCAACCUGUAUCAUUUAGUUUUUUCAUAUCUGCACAAUUUGAUUGCGAUUUGAACUGUAACUAUAAAACUAUUAAAAUAUUUAUGUAGGUUAACACCAAAUAAUGGCACAAAUGAUCUCAUUAAGAGGAUGUUUGCCAAUAUUUGUCCAUCACCAUUAAUUGUGCAGCUCAAUUUCAGACCCAAAAUUGAAUAGAACCAGACCUAAUACCAGGUUCAUCAGUAAUUAGUAGUAUAUCAGAAUUAGAACAUGUUGCACUCAAGUGUGAAAUCUAAGAGAGUGACAUUUAGAGCAUUUCCAGGUUUUUCAUGAGGUGUUAAAGGGUUCUUAUCCCAGGUCCAGUCAUUUUAAAUAUCCUUGCUUAUCUUUGCUUGAUGCAGCCCAAUAAUUUGACCUUUCUAAAACAGUGUCUUUUUGACCAUGUUUUGUUUAUGGAGCCAGACUUUUGCGCCACUCUGUUAAUGGUGUAAUGUUAUGAUGCAUUAUAUGUGUAACAAAUGCAUUAGAACAUUUGAGUCACUGCAUUAACACACACAAAAAAAAAGAUUUCAGAUCAUUUUCAUUCGGGGACAAUGAAUAAAUGUGCCGUUUGAACCAAA